UGCUGUGGUACAACACAGCUGAAAUGUGCAGAGAGGUGGAGUCUGAAUGGAUUGGUGCAGCACCUCUGUGGGAAACAGCUCUGGAAGGAUGCAUCUGUCCGUUGCAGUGACUGGGAUAUGUUUCCACUAAGUGAUGAGCAACAGCGAUAUGCAGCUACUGAUGCCUAUGCUGGUUUUCUAAUUUAUGAAAAAUUGAACACUUUGGAUGUGAACAGAGGAAAACUGAUUAUUAGUAAUGAUGAUCAGAAAUUGCACCCUUCCAUUUAUUUAAGAUCUAACCUGAUCUCUCUUGCCUGUGAAAUGCAGAAACUAGCUGAAAUUGUUCCUGUUUCGUAUGCUAGUGGUGUACAGAGAGCUGCAGAUAUCUUCAACAUGAUCUCUGAAAAUGUUUCUGCUUUACGGACCAUUUUACUUGAAUCAACACCAGGGAGUGGUGCAGAAGAGGAGAAAGAAAUAAAAUCUGAAAUAUGUACAAACAAUCGAGCUGAAAAAGUCCAUUUUGAAAAUGAUUUAGAAAGUAAUCAGAAUACAAGUGGGAGCUACCAAGAAGUGAAGCAUGAAGAUCGUUUGACUGAAUCACCAUUAGAUCUCCAGAUUGGCAAGCAAGUUUGUGAACCAUGCUCAGAAUCCCAUGGGAAUGAUCCGAAUGAGAGUCGUGUUUCUAAAGAAUGCAACCAGAAUAAACGUGAGGAUUACCUGAUGUCUUUAGCCAUAACUGAAUAUGAGCUUCAAAUGUUGGAGCAACAGGCAGAAGCAGAAGAUGCAGUGGAAAAUACUAUUUCCUCUUUGCCAAUCAAGUCACCUAAUGCUGCUGAAGAAGCUGAUCUCUCUUAUGUGAUUGAAAGUGAUGAGGAGUUGGAGAAUGAAAUGCUUGAGGCAUUGCAGAAUUUGGAUAGCAGUUCUGAAUUGGAGACUGAAGCAUCUCUCAAGAAUUUACCUGAUGAAGUUGAUGGAACUGAAGAAUUUUGUGGGGUGGAGGAUGAAGAAGAUGAAAGCAUUAAGGAAGAGGAGGACAAAUGGGAUGCUUCAAUACCUGAGCCAAAUGCAAAACAGAUCAAGUGCCUGAAGACUUAUUUUGGACAUUCUAAUUUUAAACCGGUACAAUGGAAGGUUAUCUAUUCAGUACUUCAGGAGAGAAGAGAUAAUCUUGUCGUUAUGGCAACUGGUUAUGGUAAGAGUUUAUGCUACCAGUUCCCAGCCAUUUACACAGGAGGGAUUACAGUAGUAAUUUCGCCUCUUAUCUCUUUGAUGGAGGACCAAGUACUGCAACUGAACAUGUCCAAUGUAGCAGCUUGUUUCCUUGGCUCUUCGCAGUCGAAAAAUCUUUCCCAUGAACUGACAAAGGGUCAUUUCAAAGUUGUUUAUAUGACUCCUGAAUUCUGUUCAGGAUCUGUUUCAUUACUCAAGAAACUUGAUGACAGUGUUGGUAUAACUCUUGUUGCUGUGGAUGAGGCUCACUGUAUCUCUGAAUGGGGACAUGAUUUUAGAAAUUCAUACAGAAAACUUGGAACCUUGAAAGAUUUUCUGCCACAGACUCCAGUUGUUGCUUUGACUGCCACUGCCAGCCCUUCAAUCAGAUGUGACAUCAUAGAGAGUCUGAGACUGAAGAACCCUCGGAUUGUCUGUACUACAUUUGACCGACCCAACCUGUAUUUAGAAGUUGGCUCUAAAUCUUCAGACAUUCAGCAAGAUUUAAAGCCAUUUUUAAUUAAAAGGGACACGUUCACUUUUGAGUUUGAAGGUCCCACUAUAGUUUACUGCCCGUCCAGGAAAACCACAGAACAAGUGGCUGAAGAGUUGUCACGGAUGAAUAUUGUUUGCGGUAUGUACCAUGCAGGCAUGGGCAUCAAAGCGAGGAGAGACGUCCAUCACAAGUUUAUGAGGGAUGAAAUUCAGUGUGUGGUGGCUACCAUUGCUUUUGGCAUGGGGAUUAACAAGCCUGAUAUUCGUAAAGUCAUUCAUUAUGGAGCUCCUAAAGAAAUGGAAUCCUACUAUCAAGAAAUUGGGAGAGCUGGGCGAGAUGGUUUGCCCAGUGCUUGUCAUGUCUUAUGGUCUCCUGCUGACAUGAUGUUAAACAGACGGCUGCUGAGUGAGAUUAAAAGCCCAAAGUUCCGUGCCUACAAAAUUAAGAUGAUGGAAAAAAUAAAGAAAUACCUCACAUCAUCAAAGUGCAGAAGAAAUAUUAUCUUGUCCCAUUUUGAAGAUGAACAGCUCAGAAAGGCUACCCUUGGGAUCAUUGGCACUGAUAGAUGUUGUGACAAUUGUAGAUUAAGAGUUGAUAGCUGCACUUUGGCAGAUGACCUAGAAAAUGAAAUGCAAGAAUUUGGGAAGGAAGUGUAUCAACUGUUAUCUGCAGUCCGUAUUUUAGGAGAAAAGUUUGGCAUUGGAGUUCCUGUUCUGUUCUUGCGAGGAUCCCACUCCCAGCGUUUGCCAGACAGGCAUCGUAAUCACCAUCUGUUUGGCAGUGGAAAGAACCAUCCUGAAAACUGGUGGAAGGCAUUGGGUCAGCAGCUCAUUAUUGAGGGCUUCCUGCAAGAAAAAUCCAGCUUCAACAGAUUUGCUACUAUAAAUACUCUGACUGCCAAGGGAAGAAAUUGGUUAAAUAAGGCAGCUAAUGAAUCCUGUCGCACUCUACGACUUCAAGCCACUAAAGAGCUGUGUCCACCUAUUCCACCCAAAGCUCAGGUUCAACCUACAACCGUGCGUUCAAUAUCCUCUCAACAAUCUUCUCCAUUGGCCAGUCAUUUGGAGCUUCAGGUUUCUAUUUCUCAUUUAAUUUUCUUCUUGGAAAGGAUGGACAAUAAAUGCUGGCCAGCCAGCAAUGCCCACAUCCCACAAAUGAAUAAAAAAAGUGUUUUUCAGGGAUGGCAGGGUGAAACAUGUUGUGUGGGCAAGUCAGAGGCUUUCCCGAUGUGGAAUGAGACACUGAUGGAACAGUCACUGCGCAACAAGUUUGGACGAGAGAAGGGAAAAGAGAAUGAAAAGCUGUUUUCAGCAGCUGCAGUUAAAAGCCGUUUCUUUGUUCCACCUUCGUCUGGUUCACCGAUAAAAUCCAUUCCCCCUCAACAAGUCACAUCACCUAAGCAACUGGAACUGGAAGGCAAGUUAUACGGCAAAUUGUUAUCAGCAAGGCAGAAAAUUGCCAUUGAGAAGGAUGUUCCCCCAGCUAUUUUGGCUACAAAUAAAAUACUGCUGGACUUUGCCAAGAUAAGGCCGUCGACUGCUGACAAUCUGAAACGAAUUGAUGGGGUAUCUGAAGCCAAAUCUGGUGUGUUGGCUCCCCUCCUGAAUACUAUCAGGGAAUUCUGUCAAGCUAAUGAAUUGGAGAUGGACAAGUUUUCUGUUUCAACUCACGUGGCAAAUCAACCAUUCGUCCAUCUGAACUCUACGUCAGGCCAUGUGUUUCCAAGUAAAACUAGAGAUUCAAGCAACUUGACUGUACCUGUAGUUGGUCACUGUUCGGCUGAUGCACUGAAAUCUCGUUACUCAAAGAAUGUCAGUCAAGCUGGCACUCAUCAACCAGUUCAGGAGCUGAACAUCAAUAUCAUUCCAGAUCCUCCAGUGACAUCAGAUCUCAGCAGUUUGCAAUCUGUUGAGAAGCAGCACAAUGGUGAACGUACGGGACAGCCAGAAAGUUCUUGUGCUGAAACAAAAUCUCUACCACUUGGCACUCAAGCGGAAGAACUAACCUGGAUUGAAACAGCUGGAAAACACAUCAGCACUUGUCAAAAAGUUCAACCUGGCGUAUCCUCUCUUUGUUUGGCAUCAUGGAACCAACCAGACAAUGACACAAUUGAUUUAUUUGAUGAUCUGCCCACAGAGAAGAAGCAUGCAGAUGCAGAAAAACCUGAUGUGACAUCUUUCAUCCAGACUACUGAGAGCAGUGAGAGCGUUCCAAGAAAUGUAUCCUCUACUAACUUAGCAUCAUGGAGCCAGCCAUUGAUUGAUGUUUCUGUGGGCGAUUUGUUCGAUAAUUCACAGAAAGAGAUAUGCAGUCAGUCAACAAAAAGGAAACUGCCAGAUUGGUUUGGCUCUUCAAAUCCACAGAAAAUCUCCUGUACCACCAAGAAGAAAGUGAAGAAAGGGAAAGGACUUUUCAGUUGAACCCUCUUCACUGCCAUUGGUUUUCUGAUAAACAUCUCAACACUACAGAGUUUGUGAUAGAGUAAGCACGCCUUUUGGGACCAGACUCAGUAUUUUGCACGCAACCUUGUUCAGCUGGUGACAACCUGAUUCAGAGCAUUCAGCUUGACAAGAGGAAAGCAGCAAGAAGAUGGCAAGAUGAUCUUUUUUGUUUGAAAAACCAUUUUGAAUGUCUUUGAACUCGCUGUUAAGUCAGUUUUAAUGAUUUUCUUUAUGCAUUGUGAAACUAUUUUCACAAUGGUUAUUUCUUGUUAUUUGUUAAGCUCACGAAUAUAUGCGGUGAAAUUAUGUUCUCUAUAGCUUUGGAAAUGCAAUGUAAUUGGGAUUCCUAAGCAACAAGUAAGACAUUUUGAUGUUGGGCUAUUUCUCAUUUGUUUUGAAAGUCUGUAUCUGUAUUGUACAGUAAGGUACUAUGCUAUAACAAAAGUAUUGAUAACAUGCCAUUGUGCUAUCAAUAACCUUUGUCACUUUGUGAUCCUAGACGGAUUCUCUCUGGUAGAAAGUCCAAAGGAACUGCACUAUUGCACAACAUAUACUGAGACUGAUUCUGAUCAUUCUAGGUGCACUGAGAAGGAUUGCUACACAUUAACUGGUGCUGCAAGUGCUCAAUAAUUUCAAGCAAAAUAGUUCUUUGGUCCAAAUAUUUUUAUUCAGUUUCACAGUUGACGUCAGGUUGUGCUUUCAUGACAGGAGAACUAUUUUAUUCCCCAUCCCGUGGAAACAUUAAUAAUGUGUUCAUCAGGCAAUGUUUCUUUCAUGCUCCCAUGUUUGCUUUUGUCAGAUUAUAAAAGUGGCAUUGCGUGGUGGAACAUUAAAGCCGUGCACCACAGCAGGUUAGAAUGUGUGCGAAUUAUAUCUUUGCCUUCCAGUGUGGAGGGGAAUUUCAGCUUCAGUCAUGCAUUCAUGGACAAUGUUGAGUUGUGUCCAAGCAGCUCCUCGUGAAGUGAAAGUCUGUGACCUUCAGUUGUUGAGAGGUGGUACUCAGCUGUGUUUUCAGAUUUCUCAAAACUAUCGGUCACCUUUUUGGAGCUCAAGUAUUUGGAUGUUCCCAAGAGACAUAGAGAAAAACACUAUCAUAAUGCCGAUCGGGAAACUAUUACUUGGAAAUGUAAGGAAAGUCUAAUUUGGAUUGUUAUAACUUCACGUAUGAUUGAACUGUAGAGAUGGACACAGCUUCUACUUAGCUUUUGUUUUGGACAGAAUGUGGUUAGACUCUUCUGAAACAAUAAAUUCCAAAGGGAUUUAUGCUGCAUUUUGCAGUCUUUACUAAAAUGGGACUAAAUGGUAAAUCAGCAUUUCAAUUUUUUUUACCAGGAGGAAUAUAAUACCCAACAUGAGAUAAUUGUCUGUACUUAUGAGUCAGAAUGACAGCAGAUUGUAUGUUAUUGCGAUGCACUGUUUGUAUAUUUCAGCACAACUUGGCAAAGCAAAGUUAAUUGAUAAUAAAUAAGUUUCUACCUUUUCA